CUCAGUCGUCGAUAGCUAGCUUAUAAGACCCUUCAUUUUUGUUUUAUUUCAAGGGAAGGAAGGAUCACGUGAAUGCAUCGUGGACAGCUUCUCCUUUCGCAGGAGUAGCAUGUGAAAUGCGAUACCUCUUGCCGACGCGCUCUUUUUGCUUCUUCUUUUGGUAUGAUAACACAACCGCGAAACACCCGUCUGGCUUUUUCCAAACGCUCUUUGGGAACACCAAUCACACACACAAAAAAAGAAAACGUUAUCGCCCUCGCAAGAUGCAUUUUCGACUGGUGGUAUACGCUGUCUGCCACGUACGAGCUUCCAGCAGUGAGUGCCACGUAAGAGCCAAGUGAUUGUUGGUUGUGUAAAUUCUGUUGUAGCUACGAAAACGAACAGGGAAACAGCACUCAGAAAGGACAAGGUGUAGCAGAACAUCUCCGGACAUCUAUUUACCAUGACGACCUACAGUAAAAUGAGACAACUCGUCAUGGAUUUCAAUAUUUAUUGGUAUGAGGACGGCGACAUUUUCCUUGGAGUUGAUGAUCCUGGGUAACGUCCCGCAUGCCGCACACAUCAUCACCCGAUUGGGGCCAGGAAUCGCCAGCGUUGGCUGGCUGUUCGACAUCGGACCAGUGAUCGCCAGUCAUUUCGUCGUCGGUGGUGGCAGGUAGUUCUCCGGAACCCAAGUCCUUCUACGACUUCCAGAAGGUUGCAACAGCCGGUCCAACGUGUCCGAAGGAUCAUCGUCGUCAUCAUUGCAUCAGUGUACAAGUAAGCAUCAUGUCUUCGUCGAUCUUGCAUAAACUUGACAAGCUAAAGAAAUGUGGAGAGUUUCAAAAAAUGGCGACAAUUCCUAAAAACAUCAAGUAUGAUGUGGUUGAUGUUAACAAAAUUGAAACGAGGUAUGGCGAGGGAGGCGGUCUACGUAGAAAUUAUGAAGGAUCACGAGCACGUAAAGGUGUUCCUUCCAGCUCGGUUUCAUAAACUAAGCACUCAAGACAUCGAAGACAUGAGGAACACGAGCGGACUCUGGAUGGAGAAGAAAGAGCGAGUUGGAAAAGACGGGAAACGUCUUCUUUCGCCAGACAUCGUGUUCGGUCAAUCCGAGUAAAAAAAUAAAAAUAAAUGGUGACAUGCCACCUUUGUCCUCCGGCCGAUCGGCAGCACUACACAACAGCGCUGGGACUUCAAAUUCAUCUGGCUAACGUUCAUAACCUUGCAACACCCUGUAUCCCAUUUUGUGAGACACUCUGUACGCUCCGCAACUAUACCAACCGCUAUGAGCUUCAUCUACAUGACAGAGACGACGACGGGCAGGAUGUCAGCACAUUCUUUCAUGAAAACGGACGCUACCUUGCCAGUGUACUUCGACAUUUCGGAUUUCCGUUACGCUUUUAUGUUUUGCUGAAGGCGGAACUCGGUCGACAUACGCCUGAGGAUGAGAUCAUAUUUGUCACUCAAUUUAUUCCUUCGAGUGUGCAUACGCUGUGGUCGGAACGAGACGUAGAACGUGCUGUCAUUGAAGUAGGCACUGAAGUCACCAACAAUUUAGAAAAGCUUGAAAUGCAAGGAUCGGGAUUUUUCUUAUUUCGAAUUCACGCCUGCAUUCUUCAUGUCGGUCGUCUCGCACCACAGCUCAUUGGAUGUACCGACUUUGAAUUGCCAAACGAGUUGAAAAAAAAAGUGUCGGUGUCUUCUGAGUGUCGACCUUCACGAGGAUAGUGAACAGAACAUGUGUUUCGCAUUUUGCGUACUUGCCGGUCUACAUCCUGCAAAGGGUUCUUACAGACGCAGAGCUUCAUCCUACAGGUCAUACCUGUCUCAAUAUGUAUUUCCAGAGACAUUUCCUGUAGUGUUCCCGAAAGAUGUAGAAAUGUUUGAGAAGCAGAACGAUGUGAGCAUUAACGUGUACGGUUAUGACAAAGAUGAAAAAUAUGUUUACCCGAUUAAGGUUGUCGACGACCAGUGCAAGAAGCAUGUCGACCUACUGCUGAUUGACUUCCAUUUUGUACUCAUUACUAAUUUCAAUGCUUUGUUCACACCACCUGGUUAUUUUCACUGCAAACGAUGUACGAUGGGUUUCACCACCCCGGGUGUACUCGCCGAUCAUCUACUAAUGUGUAAACAACAAAAAGUGUCCAAGACUAUUUUUCCAAAGAAGGGUGAGACACUGUCGUUUGCCGGAGAGCAUUUGAUGUCGGAAGUUCCCUUCUACUGUGUAUACAACUUUGAGAGUGUACUAUCACCGUGUUCGGGAGGCGGGAAUGUCUACGAGGAACACAUCCCUUCAUCCUUCUGUCUCCUCGUCAUACGCUCGUGCGAUUCGUACGUCUUGAAGAAACAUAUUUACCGUGGUGCAGACUGCGUUUCCGUUUUCAUGGAACUAUUGCGUAAUUUGCAUGAUGAGCUGUAUGCGAUGUUGCACGAGACUGUGCCCUUGCAAAUGACCCCAGGAGACGAACUCGAACAUUCUGAAGCCACUCACUGUAACAUCUGUAAAGAACCAUUCACUAAGAAGCAGAAAGUGCGAGACCAUGAUCACGUAAGUGGAGAAUUUCGCCAAUCAUUGUGUCAGGGAUGUAAUCUGAAACUGCGGAUACCACGGAAAGUGCCCAUCAUUGCGCAUAAUGCCAAUUAUGACCUCGGAUUCAUAGUAGCUCAUCUGCACCUGCUUCGGAAGACAGACAUCAGAGUGAUAGCCUCCAGUUGUCAAAAGUUUAAGGCUAUAGACAUUGGUGUGUUCCGCUUCAUAGACUCGUUAAGCUUCCUCAAUGCUAGUCUCGACACAUUGACGAAAAAUCUAUGCGACAAAGGUGAAUCUAACUUCAGGUGUCUGCGUCAGUUUUUCGAAGAGGAGGACUACUUCAAGUUGGUUGUACGUAAAGGGGUUUUCUGUUAUAACUACGUUACCUCCUUUGAACGUUACGACGAGCCCUGUUUGCCAUCACGUGACCAGUUCUUUAACCAACUGAACGGAUCAGAAGUGAGCAAGGAAGAUUACCGCCAUGCGUAA